AUGUGGACUUCCAAUUGUAUCACAACACUGACUCCGCCGUCCGCCAGACGUCUCUCGCUUCGCCAUGGCGCCUCGGCAGCGGAUAUUAAGGCUUACAUGAGGGACCUCUUCCACGAGCUCGAAACUACGCGGCUCGCCGGCAUCCCGCUCUCUGCCGACGGCUGGCGACGCCGGACUGCCGGCGCGCCGCGGCUGCAGGACUGCUACAAGAUUGGGCGGGAUCUGGGGCGCGGGCAUUUCGGCGUGGUGCGCGAGUGCGCAGAUGCGCGCACGGGAGAGCGGUUCGCAUGCAAAACCAUUCUCAAGGACCAGAUACAGCGGCCCGAGGACCUCAAGGAGCUCCGCGCGGAGGUGCUCGUUCCGCUGCUGCUGCAGGCGGAAGCGGAGCCGGCGGCGGCGGCGCGGAAGAGAGAAUCUGGUCAGCAAGCGCCGAAAGCUGCUGGCUUUGUGCGCCUAUUUGAGGUUGCGGAGGACGAGUCCGCGCUGCAUCUCAUCGUGGAGCACUGCGCGGGAGGGGAUCUCUUCGACCACGUCGCGCGCAACAAGCGCCUCGCGGAGCGCGAGACCGCGGGGAUAUUCCGCCAGGUUGUCUCCGCCGUGCUGCGCAUGCACGCCAACCCCUUGUGCCUCAGGAGCUGA